AAGAGAACCUCUUCGCGCGGCAAUCGUCUCAAAGAACAGUAUAGCGUCCCUCUCCGGCUUCGGGCUCAGUGAUGUGCUAUACUUGACUGAAAGAUGAUGAUGAGAUUUGACGGGGGCGCUUGCAUAGCAGUCAACAAGGCCGAUGUAAACCGUGUUCGCAUACCACCGCAUUCUCCUGUCCUCCUACACCCAUCAUCCUAACACACACGCUAUGGUCUAUGGCGAGCUAUUUCUUCAACGCAUGCGACCCAAAGCGUACACGGUUCGGUACGCUCGUUCGUGGGUUGGCAAUCCCCUCCUUUAUGUUUCCGGCGCGAUGGCUUCUCUGGGCGAUGCUCUCUUCGGUUAUUCGCAAGGCGUGACUGCGGCAUUCCAGGUUCAGCCUAAUUUCAUCCAUCGAAUGUAUGGACAAGGAGUUUCCGUUGAAGAAGUCAAGAUGGGGGACAUGGAAGUGUGGCCGCUCUUGCCUGCACUUAUGGUCGCCUGUCUGAACAUCACUGCACUCUUCGCCGCUCUUCUCUCAGCGUAUCUUUCCGACUAUCUGGGGCGCAGGCUGACGAUACGUAUCGGCGGUGCUAUCUACUUAGGUGCAUCCAUCAUCCAAAUGUUUUCGCCCAGUUUCGCCUCGCUAGUCGUCGGUCGUAUGAUUCAAGGUGUCGGGACUGGUAUUCUCAGCACCACGGUGCCCAUCUAUCAAUGUGAAAUUGCACCCACCAGCGCUCGUGGUAUGUUCAUCGCCCUGGAAGGUCUGUGGGAGAAUCUGGGCUAUUGCUUGUCGUCUUGGAUCGGAUAUGCGUUCUUUUUCGAUAUGCGCUCUGAACACUCUUGGCGCGGACCCUAUGCCGUGCAAGCGUUCGUCUCCUUGGUGCUCUUUACCUGGACGUUCUAUCUUCCUGAAACUCCUCGCUGGCUCAUUCAAAAUGGAUUCAAGACAGAAGGCUUGUGGACGCUUGCAGAUCUGCACGCCGGCGGCGAUAUUACAGACGUCAUGGUUAAUCGUACCUACCAUGAGAUUAUCGACACUCUUGAAUUCGAGGAGCGCCACAACACUUCUACAGAUUCCCCUUGGCGCUGCCUAUUUCAAGAGUACACCCGACGCUCAGUCAUGGCUUGGACGGCGCACAUGUUUGCUCAACUGAAUGGAAUCAACGCGUUGCUGCACUUUCUUCCAGAAAUCUUGACAAAAGCUGGAUACCCUGUUGCCAAAGCCCUCUUCUGGUCCAGUAUCUGCUCCGCGUUCUAUCUGGCUGGGACCAUCCCUGCAGUCCUCUACAUCGACAAGCUUGGUCGUAUUCGGUGCUUGAUUUUAGGAAGUGUUGCCUUGACAAUAGCACUGACAAUCGUCGGGGCAUUCGAAGUGUGCAUCGAGCACUGGCCGCAUAAACUGUCCACUGAUAGUGGCGCUCUUGGUGUUGUGGGCGGAAUGUCCAUCUAUCUUUUCUCUUUUGCCUCGACAACGCUCCGGGGACAGGCCUUCUUUGCUCUGGCCGGGUUUUGCAUCAUCUCCGGGCUCACUGUGCAUCUCAUCUUCGUUGAAACAGGCAACCAGACUCUAGAGGAGAUCGGUGGGAUCUUUGGAGACGAGAUCGUUCCCCCGAGAUUGUCCGACGAGCAAGAUCCCGUGCACAACGUUGAACGACGUCGCGGUCGGGGCCAUACUCUACUCAGCAUGAACUCGCAGAUUACCGCAGCCACCGCCGCUGUCCGAGCCACUGGACAUGCUCCACAUCGGGAAUCACGCCGUCCGCUGCAUUCCGCUUUGCUGGCGGUUCCUGUUGCCCGCCACCAUGGCAUAAAUUCUCAGACGACUUUGGUGGCUGAAAACAGUGGCUCGAAGAACGGAACGGAUGAAGACAACGAGAAACGGCUUGCCUCACACGUCUACACGACACAACUCAUGGCGGACUCCACGAUAGAAAUUGACCUCGACUCUGUUAUCGACAGACUACUUGAAGUGCGUGGCAACCGCCCAGGCAAGCCCGUGCAACUACAGGAGUACGAAAUAAAAUACCUCUGCACCAAGGCACGCGAGAUCUUCAUAAAUCAGCCCAUCCUCCUCGAGUUGGAGGCUCCCAUAAAGAUUUGCGGGGACAUUCAUGGGCAGUAUUACGAUCUCCUGCGGCUCUUCGAGUAUGGCGGGUUUCCGCCCGAGGCCAAUUACCUCUUCCUAGGCGACUACGUGGAUCGCGGGAAACAGUCGCUGGAGACGAUAUGUCUGCUCCUUGCGUACAAGAUCAAGUACCCCGAGAAUUUUUUCAUCCUGCGCGGGAACCACGAGUGUGCGUGUAUCAACAGGAUAUAUGGUUUUUACGAUGAAUGCAAGCGCCGGUAUAAUAUCAAGCUGUGGAAGACGUUCACAGACUGUUUCAACUGCCUCCCCAUUGCUGCGAUCAUCGACGACAAAAUCUUCACCAUGCAUGGUGGGCUGAGCCCGGAUCUCCAGUCAAUGGAGCAGAUCCGCCGGAUUCUAAAGCCGGCUGAGAAGAAACAAAAGUAUCCUUACCCUGCGAAUGGAGCCGGCACACCCCGAAGGCAGAAGAAACGGGCUUGAUCGCCUCGCCUGACGGUCAUGCUGUAGGAUAUUUGCUCUCUGUCUAUAUUUGGCCUUUUUAUGGCGGGCAUGCACCUCGACGUGAUGUAGGACUAGUGUACAUGUAUACAAGUACAUCCCAUUAUUUAUCUUGCAGAAUCUCAGAUUUAGAGUAAGAACAGACCAUGAAUUUCUACCUCUCAAGGGAAAUGCGCAAAGUCGAUCGUAGUGAUGAUCAAAAUGUGAUUCGACCCAGGUUCGAACUGAGGACCGCCUGUGAACAGCACAAUUAAAUUGUCAACUGUUAGACAGAAGUGAUAACCAAC